CACUUUGGAGCUACAGAACAACAAAAAGAUCAGGUUCCAAGUCAACAUCUCUCUCUCGGGAAAGUGGAAACAACAAUGGCUGAUCCAGUUCUCCACCCAGAAACCCAACUCCUCAAACAAAUCGCCAUAGACUACACCCCAGAAGCCUGCAGCCACUGCCCCAACUCCAACACCAUCACCCUCACCUUCGACCACCGCGGCGGCGCUAGGUGGCGCACCACUACGAGGUUUCUCUACGGCACUUUCAGCGCCCUCAUUCAGUGUCCUACAGGCAACACCAGCGGCCUCAACUUCAACCUCUACCUCUCCUCCCUCGAGGGCGACAAAUCUCAGGACGAGAUCGACUUCGAGUUCUUGGGCAAGGACAAGACCAUCGUGCAAACUAACUACUUCACUACCGGUACCGGCAAUAGGGAGAGCAUUCACCAGUUGGGUUUCGACUGCUCCGAUGGGUUCCACGAGUAUGUGAUCAAGUGGGGCCCGAACGAGAUCCAGUGGCUCAUUGAUGGGAAGGUUGUGAGGACGGAAGAGAGAAGGGACGGUGAGGAUUUUCCUGACAAGCCCAUGUUUUUGUAUGCUUCGGUUUGGGAUGCGAGCUACAUUGAUGAGGCGAGGUGGACUGGGAAGUAUGUGGGUUGUGAUGCACCGUAUGUUUGUGUCUACAAGGAUAUUCAUGUGCCGGCUGCAGGGACUGCACUGGAUUGUUCUUGUGAUUCGUGAUCUGGGCUUUCUGAUUUCUUGAGGUGGGUGUUUUCAAAAUUUCAAUAAAUGAUUGGUUUCGAUUGAUGUUGUUUGAUUUUGGGGGUAAUCUGUUGUACUCAUAUUUUUUGGUGAUGAUAACUAUUAACUGUUGAUGGCUUUUUGUUUCCAACUUGUGUUUUAAAGAUUCUAAGAAAUUCCAUUUGGUUGAGAAAA